AUGGCCCGGAAAAAGAUCCGAGAAUACGACUCCAAGCGACUGCUGAAGGAGCACUUGAAGCGCCUAGCGGGAAUCGAUCUGACUAUCAACUCUGUCCAGAUCACAUCGGAGACGGAUUUUGCGAAGCUCGCGAACGAGCAGCCAUGGAUGAACAGCACCCGCAUGGUGGUGAAGCCGGACAUGCUGUUCGGCAAGCGAGGCAAGAGCGGCCUGGUGGCUCUCGACCUGGACUUUGCAGGAGUGGAGGCAUUCGUUAAGAGCAAGCUCGGCAAGGAGGUGGAGAUGGGGCAGUCCAAGGGCCCCAUCACGACGUUCAUCGUCGAGCCGUUCAUCCCACACAAGGAGGAGUACUACCUCUCCAUCACCUCCAAGCGCCUGGGUUGUGACGUAUGCUUCUCCGAAUGCGGAGGCGUCAAUAUCGAGGAGAACUGGGACAAGGUGAAGACCAUCUUCGUGCCAACAGAGUCGGAACUCACAUCAGAGCUCUGUGCGCCGCUCAUUGCCACUCUGCCCCUCGAGGUCAGGGAGAACAUGGAGAAGUUCAUCAAGGGCGUGUUUGCUGUCUUCAAAGACCUGGACUUCACACUGAUAGAGAUGAACCCCUUCAUUGUGGUCAACGGGGAGCCCUUUCCCCUUGACAUGCGUGGCGAGCUCGAUGACACAGCACAGUUCAAGCACUUCCAGAAGUGGGGCGAUGUGGAGUUCCCUCUUCCCUUUGGCCGCACCAUGACACCUUCGGAGGAGAGGAUUCACGAGAUGGAUGAGAAGACAGGAGCAUCUCUCAAGCUCACCAUUCUGAACCCCAAGGGCCGCAUCUGGACCAUGGUGGCAGGAGGAGGGGCGUCCGUCAUUUAUGCCGACACUGUUGGGGACUUGGGCUAUGCACAGGAGUUGGGCAACUAUGCAGAGUACAGUGGAGCGCCCAACGAGGAGGAGACGCUGCAGUAUGCUCGCAUUUUGAUUGACUGCGCCACAGCCAAUCCCGAUGGCCGUCCACGCGCGCUGCUGAUUGGUGGAGGCAUUGCGAACUUCACAGACGUGGCCAAGACAUUUUCUGGCAUCAUCCGGGCGCUCCGAGAGAAGGAGCGGCAGAUCAAGGAUGCCAAGGUGCGCAUCUUUGUGCGUCGUGGAGGGCCCAAUUACCUCAAGGGGCUUGAGAAGAUGCGUGAACUGGGCACUGAGAUUGGCAUUCCCAUCCAGGUGUAUGGUCCUGAAGCCAGCAUGACCUGCAUUUGCAAGGAAGCAAUCGAUUAUGUGGCCUCUGCUGCCGCCUAA